AUGGAAUCUUGGUUGUCUUGGGCCUCUAGGCCUCUAUUAGUGAGCGCCCCCAUGUAUGGCCAUUCAAAUGCUACUCUGGCUGUCGAGGUAACGAAGGCUGCCGGUCUGGGAUUCAUCCCUGGAGGAUUUGACUUCCGGGCUGAGAGCCCACAGAUCAAGGCCCUCGAGGACGAACUGAUCCUUGCUCGCAGCCUCCUAGAGAAAGCCGGCAUGGCCCAAGAUCCUCUCCCCGUCGGCGUGGGCUUCAUCACCUGCCACCCAUCGGCUUCCAAUUUUGCCAACACUGCGCUCCCAGUGCUUCUCAAGUAUAGGCCCACGGCAGUCUGGCUCUUCGCACCCGAUCCUGACGCCCCUCAACGCGCCCACCCUGAGAUAAUUCGGCAUCUUCAUGCGUCGGCUAUCAAGGUAUUCGUGCAGGUGGGCACAAUCGCAGCAGCGAGGGAGGCUGUCAGAGACGGCGCCGAUGUCCUGGUCGCUCAAGGCAUAGAUGCCGGUGGACAUCAGUUUGCCAGAGGGGCGAGUGUCAUCUCAUUAGUGCCAGAGGUUCGCCAGAUGCUGGAUACCGAGUUUCCGCGAGGGGGAACUGGGCUGCUCGCCGCUGGGGGGAUUGUUGGUGCAAGAGCGGUGGCGGCCGCCCUGGCUCUAGGUGCUGAUGGCGCUGUGCUGGGCACAAGGCUUCUUGUGGCACCAGAGUCAUCCAUGUCGAAAGCUGGCAAAGAGUCAAUUAUUAAGGCGUCGGAUGGUGGCGCAUCUACAGUAAAGUCAACUGUUCUCGACGACAUCCAGAGCACUGCCAUUUGGCCCAAGCUGUACGAUGGGAGAGCGCUCAUUGGGGAAUCUUACAAGGAUCACGAGGCUGGGAUGCCGGUGAAGGACAAUGUUGAGAAGUUCAAGGAGGCUGCUCAGGGAGGAGACGAGUCAAGAAAGAUCAUCUGGUGCGGAACUGGGAUUGGGCUCGUCAAUGAAGCUCUGCCCGCUGGUGUGAUCGUUGCGGAAACUCGAAAGGGGGCAGAAUCUGUCCUAAAGUCGCUGUCCUAG